AUAGAUAUAAGCCUGAUGAUAUAAGACUGAUUUGAGUUGGGUGGUUUUUAGGUGGAAUAAAUGUAUCUUAGCUGCAAUACGUUAUACACCUGCUCUCGUAACAAUCGGUAUAAGUUACAGCGAUGUCUAUAUUCGUCGACAGUUUGUGCACUCAAGGAUAAUAGUCUUAGUAACCACGCAAGAUAUCUGGAUAGUAAUAUCCACUUAAGCUAUAAUGGCAUCGUCAAUAGCCCAUAUGCGACCUCUCGUCGUCUAUAUAGGUCUUUAAAGGCUAUUAGACAUGAUAGUCUGCUGAGGAAGGCUCCUGUAUCUAGGAGAACUAUUGCUUCAUUGAAUGAUGUAAACCAGAUCAGUCCUUUAUAUCGAUUUUUAACGCGUCUAAUUGAUGAAGGAGGGCACGUAGACUUAUCUUUGUUACAAAAGGUAUACGUUAUGGCAAUAGAAGCUCUGAAAGACGACAGCGAGUUUGCGUUGAAAUGUAUAUUCCUUGUUUUAAUCGCAUACACCGGCGAUGUCCCUGUGGACGUCGUCAAUCAAAUGUCGAAGGUUAUAGAUACAGUCAGGAGCACAACUAAGCCCGCUUUACAAUUGGAGAUGAUUAACAUUUUUUGCGCAAUGCGGAACUAUCACCCUCAAAUGCAUAGCCAACUGGAGCAUAGGCACAGAGCGUAUAUGGAAUACCUGGAUGAAAUGGGUCACUACAUACGAUUAAGCGUCCCUCAUGAAAUAGAGCCAACUCAAAUUGAUUCAUUGAGAGCAACAUUGGACUCAUUGAAUGUAAAGCACUAUGCCGGAAUAAGUGGGCACAUUUACAUGCCUAUAGUUAUACAGGAUAGCCAACUGGCCAUUGAAUUUGCAACACAAAGUGAUCUACAAUCUAUGUCUUUUGAAGCCCGGCAUCCGAUAAAAUUGAAAAUGCUCCUACUAGAACAAAUGGGCUGGCGUGUGACCUUGGUGAAAGAAGAACAAUGGAAUUCACUAGACACGGAUGACACACGAGAAAAGUACAUAUCGAAAUUACUUGCAUACAUGUAUAUGGAUGCGCAAUUCAUGUACAAGCCUGCCUGGGUUAAGCCCUACGUUCCCUAAUGGUGACAACGAC